UAUUUAAAAAUGCCUUGCUCAUAGGCUACUACACAUCGCUCGCAACCUCCGCCGUUCACUGGGUUCUUAUAGCAAAUUCGGCAUACGUGUAAUCCAUCAGUAACGCAUUAUUUCACAAAAGAUGUCAACCUUUAUCUUUGGCUCGCCUGUUUACUGUUAACGUUAGCUAACGUUACCCCGGUUAUCGUCCAGCAAACGCUUUGAAAAUGGGCUGCAGCGGAGCAAUUAGACACAUUUGAAUUCAAUUGAAACAAGUGCUGGGAAGUGUAACGCACGUACAGAGAGUUUACAGCAAAGGGGCCACGUUUAACAAAGUGUCGCCCGUUUUCACAUUAGGGUGCCGUCUUGAUACCGACAGAUUUUUCGUGGGGUUUGGCAGGUCGCCUGCCCACGUCAAAUCUGAGCCAAUUAACCAGUGUCAGUGAAGAGCAUGUAUACUGCCAAUCCGGGAUUACCUGGCCCAUUAACCUUACUGCAGUUGUGGACCGGGCGUGAUAAGGAGUGAAACAACGCCAUUUAAAACGUGGUAAUCGGCACCGCAGACCGUUACAAUGGACAUGUGUGUUUUCAGACCGGCAGUCAACCUCCAGUUAGAUAUUAUUUUGAUGCUAAUUAUUAGCCUUCAGUUCGUCUCCUCCUAUGAAAUCUUCGCGUUUCUAAGAAUGGGGAAUUUUACAUCCUCCACUGCUGGGGGUCUGUCCAGCACGGCCUGUGCACAGUAUGUUCAGGAGGUGGUGUCACAGAACUGCGUUGUGAUAUUUUCCAAGACCACCUGUCCUUACUGCAAAAUGGCCAAGAAUGUGUUCAAUGAAAUCGGUGCGACCUACAAAGUGAUCGAACUGGAUGAACACAAUGAUGGGAGGAGACUGCAAGAGGCCUUAGCUCAGAUGACCGGUGCCAGAACAGUGCCGCGAGUCUUCAUCAACGGAAACUGCAUCGGGGGCGGCUCCGAUACCAAACAGCUCCAUCAGCAGGGAAAGUUGGUGCCCUUGAUCGAACAGUGUGCUCCUUGCUGUGCUGCGACCGGCACUGAAGGCUCGGGCAGCGGGCAGUUUGAGUCCGCUAAAUGACUAACCGUUUUUGUAGGUUUUAUCAAUCCUGUAUUUAUUAAAUGUUGGCUUGAUCUCAUGCUACAGGUUGUACAUUGUUUGAGCCAGACUAUGUUAUUUAUCUAUCAAAGUGUGUUGGACACUUGAUGUUUAAGCUACAUAUGUUUCCAUCUAGGGAUGUACAGUUUUAUUAUUAAAGAUGACAUCUUUUAAACAAAA